AUCUUUUCGCCUGUGGUGGCUCUCGUGUCUAAAUUACGAUCGAAAGCUGCUAGCAAAUACAGUCAAAAUGGCUGUUGCAGCUGCAAGACCACUUGUUACAGUGUACAAUGAGAAGAAUGAGGUUACCGGAACCAAUGUGACCCUCCCAGCUGUCUUCAAGGCACCAAUCAGGCCUGACAUUGUCAACUAUGCCCACACCAACAUGAGGAAGAACAGCCGUCAGCCCUACGCUGUCAAGAGGAUCGCUGGUCACCAGACCAGUGCUGAAUCUUGGGGUACAGGACGUGCCGUCGCCCGUAUCCCCCGUGUCCGGGGUGGUGGUACCCACCGCUCUGGUCAGGGAGCCUUCGGUAACAUGUGCCGUGGCGGACGCAUGUUUGCCCCUACCAAGAUCUGGCGUAAGUGGCACACACGCACCAACAUCAGCCAGAAGCGCUUCGCCAUGUGCUCCGCUCUCGCUGCCUCGGCAGUCCCAGCACUCGUCAUGUCCAAAGGUCACAUGAUCAUGGGCACACCAGAAGUACCCCUUGUUGUCAGUGACAAAGUCCAAGACUUCAAGAAGACCAAGGAAGCAGUCUACUUCCUCAAGCGCUUCAAGGCGUGGGAAGACAUCAAGAAGGUGUACAAGUCUCGUCGCAUGAGGGCAGGCAAGGGUAAGAUGAGGAACAGGAGGUUCGUCAGACGUCUCGGUCCCCUGGUUGUGUACGAUCAAGACAACGGCAUCACAAGGGCCUUCAGGAACAUCCCAGGUGUGACACUUCUCCAGGUCUCAAGACUGAACCUCUUGAGGCUAGCUCCCGGUGGCCAUGUUGGACGGUUCUGCGUAUGGACAGAGUCUGCAUUCAACAAGCUUGAUGGCCUCUACGGCACAUGGAAGAAGGCUUCCUCAGAGAAGUCCAACUGGAACCUCCCUAUGCCCAAGAUGACCAACACCGACCUGAGGAGGUUGCUGAGGAGUCAGGAGAUCCGUCGCUCCCUCAGAAAGGUCAACACAACGUCAUCCAAGCGCAAGGUCCUCAAGAAGAACCCUCUGAAGAACGCUAGGGUCAUGUUCAAGCUCAACCCCUAUGCCAAGGCACAGAAGCGCAACGCCAAGCUGGAUGAGGAGAGGGCACUGGCCAAGAGGCAGGAGAUCCUCGACAAGAAGAGGGGGGUCAAGAAGGCAGCACCAGCAGCUAAGGGCAAAGGCAAGGCAAAGGCAGCCAAGGGCAAAGGAAAGAAGUAGAAAGCCAACCACAUAGAUAUCCAUUGUGAUGGACAUAGUGACUCUUAUUAUCCUCACUCUACACUGUGUCAUGUGAGACCUUGAAUUUAAAAGACCCAACACCAACAGGACUGUAAGAUCAGCAAUUCAAUAAACAAGGCUUACAAAAAAUGCAA